AUGGUAAAUGUUAUAAUCGGGGGUGAAGAAGUUAACGGGGUAACGUACACGGCAGCAAGAAAGACAUCCAAGGUUACCGUUACCCACGGGAAAUGGGUUCGUCAGGUUUUGGAAGGAGACAGCAUAAUAUUUGACGACGAAGAUGCGGACGGCUUGAUCAUUCCUUAUAACGAUGCACUGGUAAUAUCUUUACUUGUCCAUGAUACUAAUGUUAGACGAGUUUUGAUAGACCUAGGUAGCUCAGUAAAUAUCAUUCUACUAAGAGUAGUGAAUGAGGUGCAAGUAAAUGAUCGAAUCAUACAGAAGGCACGAUCACUGCCUGGGUUCGAUAAUUCAAGUGUCAUCAUGAAAGGAGAAAUCAUAUUGGCUACAUUUGCAAAAUGUGUCAUUAAAGACACUAAAUUCCAGGUGGUAGAUGCAGACAUGGCCUAUAAUAUAAUCUUGGGAAGACCGUGGAUUCAUGACAUGGAUGCGGUCUCGUCAACGUUGCAUCAGGUCAUUAAGUUCUUGUCACAUUGGGGAAUCCGUCAAAUCAGGAGGGAUCAAUGGGCAUCAUGA